CGGCAAACGGAUCCUAACAGGCACACGGCGAGAAAUACUUCACCACUAUUUAGAAAAUCUAUCGGUAUCUGACUAUUUUUUCGAACAAGCGUAGCUAUAGCAGCAGCCUGACAUGGAUGUGUCAGUGCGGCCUCGGAAUAUCCUAGUUCUGCUUGCCGAUAUGAAAUGCCACAGCAGCAGGGCGAGACUUUGGCUCUUCAGCCUGCAUUAGCCCAGUAGAAGGUUAUCUAACCCCAAACAUGUCUGAGAUUCUGGUUGUUGUAAUAAAGAGGACAGAAAGAAAACCAUGUCAACUCAGCCUCUCAUCAGAUCAAAGCAGACCGAGAAAUCAAUCAAUGGAAUAUCCACACAGGUUGUUUGCACAGAAUUCAGUAACUACAUAUUUAUAGUUCUCACACAGUAUGGAAAGAUUGGCACUUUAGUAUCAGUCACACCUGACUCCAGAUCAGGUGAUAUCAGCACUCCCAUGUUCACCACCAAAGUGUUGCUGGGAAAAGAAGAGGCUUUGACACACGUCUGUGCCAAAAACUUGGCAACAUUUGUGUCACAAGAGGCAAGCAACAGGCCUGUUCUACUGGGAUUGGCACUCAAGGACAGUUCCAUAGAAGCAAUAAAGGCCAUGAAAGAUAUAAUCAAAAGUUGUCAAGUCUGGUAACUACUGGUACAGGGAACGAGCAACAGAAUCGCCUACCUGGAAAGACAAUUUCAGAAAAGACUUCAUACACUUAACACAUUUUUUCCUCGAUGUUUUUGCAUCCUUUAAAAACGUAUUUUGUUAUCUGUUGUUACUUCUAAGCUUGAUGUGGAAAUAAAUGCCAUAUAAAUGGGAAGUUUA